GUUUGAACGACGAAUGCUGCUGCAGGAACUUCGUUUUUUUGAGCAGCGAAGCACAACGUCGAACAACACAAACACAACCUUAACUCAACGAACCCUCAACGCUGCAGCUGCACCCUGGAAAGGGCCGCCCGGGCCAAUUCGUUGGUUGGCGUUUGGCGUGUUCAGAGGAUGCACUAACUACACUUCCUGACUUUGUGCCUUGCGUCGCGGCCCAGACACCGACCGACAAUGCAUGCGCUGGGCAGUCGCAGCAGCGCCGCUCGCAGCAGCAGCAGCAGCAGCGUCUGCCUGCAGUGCCAGUUCCGGCUGCUCGUUGUUUCGCGGACCCGAGCCCGAGCCCGAGCCCGCCACCACGGCAUCUCGCGCUGCAGCAGCACCUCGGCAAUUGCUACUCCCCCGGCCAUCGAGAAUGAGGAAAAUGAGGCUGUUGGGACCCAGCAGCUGGCGGACGAAGCCAGGACCUCGCCCUCGGACGCUGCAUCGUCAACAGGCCCCCCGCCAGCUGCACGGCUUCUUCGACCCGACCCGUCUCGCCGUCGAUCCCACUCUCUCGCCAUGUUCCAGAGCAUUGUCGAGAGACAGGCCCGCGCGCCUUCGAUUCCCGGUGUCUCGACGGGCGGAACGGCCAGCAUAGAACUGGUCCAGGAUGUGGCCAGGAUGCAGGCCAUGCUGGAACGAGAGGGCGCCACGCUCGCCGCGGCAUACGCGUAUUUUGACGAGAGGAUAUAUCCCCAGAUCGCCAAGGAUCCCGCUGGCGUGCCGCAAAUCGUAAAGAACCAGGUUGCCGCCGUUCUUCUGAACAGGCUGGCGCUCGAGAAGCCGCGGGACUUCGAGUCGGGCCGCCUUCCGAGUGUCACGCGUAUCACCGAGGUCAUGAUCGAGCUGGAUGUCCUGCGGCCGUCCGCCUGGGCCACCCUUGUGAUCGAGCUGAUCCAGCACAUCUACCGACAGACCACCGUCCCUGACGCCUACAGCUCGAUCCAGGACUACGAGACGGCCAUGGCCCGCCGAGACGCCUUGCUUCGCGAUCUUCUCGGCGCCUGGAAAGCCUUCUGUGCGCAGCGGCCUACCCCGGAGAGCGAUUCCCCGGUGAAGCAGAGCAAGCCCGCUUCUCCCGGCGCCGGUGCGAACCCUCGCCAGAAGCUCACGCUGCAGCAAGCGUUUGGGGAGUUAUUCCCGCAGCACCUCGUCCCCAACCUGCUAAAACCGACUUUCGCCGCGUUUGCGACCUAUAAGCUGUUGACAGACCCGGUCAACCGCUCCCGCUCAAUCAAGGGAGACGCUGCCCCGUUUCUGCAGAUGAUGCAGGGGCUGAUAUCCCGAGCGCGGCCGCCCCGUCCCGGCGACUUUCUUCCAAUCUCGGAUGCUUUCCCGGACCUCCCCCGUUUCGUCUGGCCGAAGAAGCAGCCGGACGGCGGGAGUGGCACCUCUACGCAGUCGAUGUUUGUUUAUCGUGACAAGUCGACGGAGCUGAGGGUAACCGUCCACCGCCAGCUUGGGGACGCCAUCAAGGCCAGGAAUCUCGGAGCGGUGAAGAAGGCCUGGCUGGAGUUCUGGGGGGAGGCCGCGGUUCCCGAUGCAUCCCGCGUCGCACAGCUCGUCCAACACCCCGACAUGUUCGACUACUUCAUUCUGGCCUACACCGUGAUGCGGCGGCCCCAGCAGGCCAUCGAGGUCUGGAAGAACAUGGAGCGCAUUGGCAUCCAGGCGACCAUCAAGACGUGGAACUCGAUGCUUCAAGGGUGUAUCAACGCCGGCAACGCCCACGGUAUCAACACGGUUUGGAGCCGGCUGGUCGCAUCGGGCACCAAGCUGGACAAGGCCAUCUGGACCGCCCGCAUCCACGGCCUGUUUGUGUGCGGGGAGCCGGACGCCGGGAUCCGCGCGCUCGACGAGAUGGCCAAGAUAUGGGCUGCCCGCCAGGAUCCGCGCUACGCCGCCAUCGCGGUGCAGCCGACCGUCGAGCCCGUCAACGCAGCCCUCGCCGGCCUCCUCCGCCUCAAGCGCGACAGCGAUGCCACCAAAGUCCUGGCCUGGGCCUCCAGACAGGGCAUCAGCCCGGACAUCUACACCUUCAACACGCUCCUCCGCCCGCUCAUCCGCCGCGGCGACAUGAAGGGCAUUGACGAGGUCUUCGACACGAUGCGCAGCAUCAACAUCCACGCCGACAUCGCCACCUUCACCAUCCUCCUCGAAGGCACCCUCAACCACGUCGGCGACCUGGCCCCGGACCAGCAGGUCGCGCUCGUCGAGCGCAUCCUCGGCGCCAUGAAGGCCUCGGGCGUCGAGAUCAACAUGCAGGCCUACGCCAAGAUGCUGCACGUCCUGCUCCGCGAGGGCGACCGCGCCGGCGCGCCCGUCAAGGCCGUGCUCGCCCACAUCUGGGGCCGCGGCCUCGAGCUGACCUCGCACAUCUACACCAUGCUGGCCGAGCACUACUUCUCGCGCGACCCGCCCGACGCCGCCGCCGUGACCGCCCUGAUCGAGAACCGCCGCCUGCGCGAGAACCGCGGCAUCGACCGCGUCUUCUGGGAGCGCGUCGUCCGCGGCUACUGCGACGCCGGCGAGCUCCCGCGCGCCCUCGACAUCUUCGACCGCGUGCUCGCCGCCGGCUCCACCGUCACCCUCGCCACCCUGUACGACCUGCUGCGGUCCCUGGUCGCCGCCGGGGACCUGGCCGCCGCCCGCAGGGUCGUGGAAGCCGGCCGCAAGAUUGGCCGCGCCGAGGAGCCCGGCGCCGGCGCAGGCGCCGGCGGGCUGGCGGAGGGCGCCGCCGGCGGACGGUACUGGCGCCACCGCUUCUGGCAUCUGGCAUACCACCAUGGGCUGUUGGGCGAUCAGCUGGCUUUGAGGUUCCGGGAGGCCAACGAGGGGUCGCUGUGAGUGCAUUCAAGAGAUUUUGGUUGGUUACACAAUGUGGUUAGAGUGUUAGAAAAUGUACUGCUGUAGAUGGGGUGUUAGACUAUAAUUGAGUGGAAUAGUGUAAAACUUUGAACUUUGCCCACUACACAGCCUGAGUUGC